CCUCUUAGCUCUAAAUGGCCCCACGUUCCUGCACUUCGCUAUCCAUCUCAUCUGGUGUCUAAGACGCAGACCCGAGCGUGACACGAAAGCGAGAUUCACGCGUAAAAAUCAUCGCGCCGAUCAUUCAGUUGUUAUAGUCGUUGCGCGUUAUGCGUAAAUUGUCCGGGCAGUCCUCUCCAUCGUCUGUCAGCGCGCCUAUAGGGGCACAGUGGCUGUCGGUGCGUCUGGUAAUGUGUCCAACCCACUGAUCUUUUGCAGACUGUAAUCUUAUCAGUGUCAAACCGUAGCUGCCCAUUCCUCUUGGGCACUUUCUGACAGGGUUUGGAUGGCGUUUGCGCCAAAAAUUGGAUGAAACCUUUUUGUCAUUGGAGCAAACUUUUAUCACUGAAAGGAUCAGAAUUAUUUGCAGUUACAGGCGCGUUUGAGUGUGUGACUAAAAUGAACAUUUGACCCUUUCUGACUGGAAAACAUGGAAUCUACAUGUAAAGAAAGGACUCUUUUGUACUUACUUCUGUUUGCAAUAUGUACGGCCAGCGUUUGCUUCUGCGCAAGAAGAUCAAAUGUUCGGAGAUCUGAUCGUCUUAGCCCUCCUUUAGACAUCCAGCUGGACACAAUCAAUUGCACUGCCUUCAGAGUACGAUGGAAGAUGCCCCGACGUCAUGUCAGCACCAUCACAGGAUACAAGGUCUUCUACACAGAGAUGAGGAGCAGUCGUCCAGUCGGUUCAGCUUCACUGAUGGAGGUGCCUCUCAGUUUGGAUAUGUUGACCACUGGCCAAUUUGAUGGACAAGCGAGCUUUGAUGUGGAGAUUGGUAACCUAAAGGUCAAUACCAAGUACGGGGUUAGUGUUGGUGCGUAUGGUUGGGCAGGGGAGGGGAGACCCAGCAUGCCUCGAGACGUCAGCACCGCUUCACAUGAAAUGUGCAUGCCCCCAUCGCCCCCUACUCAGCCAGUUGUCAUGGCUGUAUCUGACACGGAGCUGGCGUUGUCAUGGCAGCAAGGAGAGAGUGAGGGAAGUGCACCUGUCCUUCACUUCCUGGUAGCUUAUAUCAGGCCAGAAAUGGACACAGAAUGGACAUACAUUCGUGAGCCCAUUAUAACCAACUCCAUGGUGCUGAAGGGGUUAAUUCCAGAAACAGAGUACCAGUUUGUUGUGAGGGCGGUCAACGUGCAUGGAGUCAGCCCGCCCAGCCACAUCAACAACCCCGUGCGGACUCUUGCUGCCGUUCUGUGUAGAGGAGACACUUUUCAGUACGUGGUACAGCAGCCUUGGUACAGGAUAACAGGUCCAUCAGAUGUGGGCAGUGGAGAUUACGGACGAUACAUCACUGAUUCUGGAAUCAAAGAUGAUGAUGGCUUUGACGUUGACGACUCCGAUUACGACGUCUUUAUUGAAGAGCUGAAGCCGUUCCCAGGUAUCAACGAGGACAACCGGAAAUCUCAACUGCGAUCCCGCUCCGGUCCACCAUCUGGUCAAAAUGUGGUUUACCGCAUGAACACCAUAGCACCUCCCAACGUUACAGCUCCUCCACCUUCCUCCACCACCUCAUUCCCUCUGCCAGACUUUACAGAUCUGGUUUUCCCAACCACCCCAGAGUCCACCAGUACCCCGGACACCACAACUGAACCCAUUUCCACCACUACCAUUGUCAGCACCACUUUGCCCACCACACCUCCCACUAUGUCCCCCUGGAAGGGCGACGUGCCUCGUGUUUACGACCUGACCUGUGACGACACCGUGUGCCCACCUGACAGCUUCUGCCUCAGUGACUUUGACAGUGGAGGCUCACGCUGUCACUGUAACCUCGGAAGGAGAGGAGACACAUGCUCUGAAGCGUUACCAGUGAACUUUCCCAGGUUUUACGGUUACUCUCAUAUGACCUUUGAACCCUUAAAAAACUCCUAUCAAACCUUUCAGGUCACUCUUGAGUUCAAGGCAGACUCUGAGGAUGGCUUGUUGCUGUACUGUGGAGAAAAUGAACAUGGACGAGGAGAUUUUAUUUCUUUGGCUCUGGUGAGGGGAAAACUGCACUACAGGUUUAACUGUGGCACUGGAGCGGCUCAAAUAGUCAGUGAGAGUCGCAUUGUGGUGGGUCAGUGGCACACAGUAACGGUGUUCAGAGACGGGAUGAGCGGCUGGCUUCGUAUAGACAACGACACCCCCAUAUCUGGACGUUCACAGGGCCAGUACACCAAGAUCACCUUCCGUUCCCCGCUCUAUGUGGGUGGAUCUCCCAGUGUCUAUUGGCUGGUUCGGGCAACAGGGACGAAUCGUGGCUUUGUCGGCUGCAUUCAGAGUCUGACUAUCAACAACAAGGCCACAGAUAUCAGACCGUGGCCUCUAGGCAGAGCGCUCAGUGGAGCUGAUAUAGGUGAGUGCAGCGACAGCGUCUGUGACCUGGUCACCUGUGCCAACGGCGGCGUCUGCUUUGCGAACAGGGCUGAUGGUUACAUCUGCCUGUGCCCACUCGGUUUCCGGGGAAUGCUCUGUGAAGAAAGUUUUUUACUGUCUUCGCCACUCUUCAAUGAGACAGUGUUUUCAUACGCGGUCAUUCCCUGGCCUCAGUUCUCACAGAGUUAUUUGUCCUUCAUGGAGUUUGAGAUGACGUUUCGUCCGUCUCAGCCUGAUGGGACGCUGCUGUACAGUGAGGAUGCAGGCAGUGAUGACUUCCUGGCUAUCAACCUGGUGGACAGAUAUGUAGAGUUCAGAUUUGACUGUGGCUCCGGAGAAGCUGCAAUAAGGAGUCAGGAGCAGAUCAGUCUGGACUCAUGGCAUGAGCUGAGGGUUUCCCGCACGGCGAAGAGUGGGAUCCUCCAAGUGGACAACCAGAAACCAAUGGAAGGAAUUGCUGAGGGAGCUUUCACACAGAUUAAGUGCAGCUCACCUCUCUACAUCGGUGGAGUACCAGAGUACGAUAAAACCAAGAGAACAGCAGGAGUAGUAAGGCCGUUCACUGGAACAAUUCAGAAGCUGGUCCUCAAUGACCGCACCAUCCCAAUAACCAGUGGCUCUGCUGGUGGAAUUAAUGUGGCAAAUUCAGAGCACCCAUGUGUGAAAAGUCCUUGUGCCAAUGGAGGGACCUGCAGACCAAAGUGGGAUGGAUAUGAGUGCGACUGCCCUCUGGGAUACGAUGGAAAGCACUGUCAGAAAGAGUGUGGAAAUUACUGUUUGAACACUGUUACUGAAGCCAUUGAGAUUCCUCAGUUUAUUGGCCGAAGUUACCUGACCUAUGACAACAAGGAUAUCCUGAAACGGAUAUCCGGGUCCAGGAACAACCUUUUCAUGCGUUUUAAGAGCACAGCUAAGGAUGGGUUGUUAUUAUGGCGAGGAGAAAGUCCGAUGAGACCAAACAGUGACUUCCUGGCAAUGGGGCUUCAGGACGGUGCGCUAACCUUCAGUUAUAAUCUGGGCAGUGGUGCAGCUAACAUUGUUGUCAACGGGACCUUUAGUGAUGGAAAGUGGCACAGAGUCAAAGCCGUUAGGGAUGGACAGUCAGGGAAGUUGACAGUCGAUGACUAUGGAGCUAAAACAGGCAGAUCACCUGGAAAAAUGAGACAACUCAAUAUCAACGGACCCUUAUACGUUGGUGGCAUGAAAGAGAUAGCUCUACACACAAACAGACAGUACAUGGGAGGCCUGGUGGGCUGCGUGUCACACUUCACACUAUCCACUGAUUAUCACUUAGCGCUGGUGGAAGACGCUGCUGACGGCAAGAACAUCAACACAUGCUCCAACUAGAAACUGCAACUUCAACAGAUGAGCGGCCAUUUUCAGCACUGUUUUUACACCGGAGCGAUUGACUCAACCCUAAGAUUUGUCAUCUUUAAAACUGACUGAUCUGCUCCGAAUGAGUAAAAACUAAAAUAUUUUGUUGAAUGGUGGCUGACAUAGUAAAAGGUCAAACCAGGAAAAAAAAAAAAAAAAAAAGAAUAAAGAGUGUAAAAAGUGUUGUCAGUUUGAGUCACAUAUGAUUAAUCUUCAAGUGGCUCCUGUAUAUAAGGUUUUGAGGUGUGUUUUACCAUUAACAGUGUGAUGAAUCUGGAAUAAGAGAUUCCGCCACCAGUUCACAGGAGGAUAUUACAAGGCACGAAUACUCUGGGAAAGAACAGAUUAAGCUUAGAGCAACGGGCAAUGAGGGUCUUUGUAAAACCUGGCAGAGGACAUUUUUUUCAUAGGAUGUUUCCAAUCUUAUCUUUAUUUUUUCUACUGUAAAUCCUUAUUUGAUUGCUGGAAGAACCAUGUAUUCCAGAGGAUCAAGAGUCAUCAACAGUUUUUCAUAAAUCCGACCUAGAGCAGUUAGCAGAGAUAAACUUUAUUUGUAGAGGAUUGUUAGCUUUGGCCCUAGAGGAUCUCUGUUGUUCAUGUUGUUGUAGCAUUUGUAAUCUUGUGUGUUCUGUGAUUAUCAAACUGUAGAGUACAUUUUUUAAAGUCAGAUGGACUGCUUAAAGGUCGCUAGUUUUGAGGGUGAAGACAUCAGCUGUGCUUUCUCUGUUUUCUUUCGUUUUUGUUUUUUGUUUUCUUAUAACAUACACACUUCUUUAUUCACAGCACUCAAAUGCUAGUCACAUGAAAGUCUGAUGCUGACACAGUGAAGCAGCCAAAAUCCUGAAAAAAUGCGUGACGGUUUUUUGCUACCAUUAGACAAAACAAAACCAAAGGGCACCUCCUCCUUUACAAUGAGUAUAACUGUAUAAUUUUUGUUUUUACAUCAAUGAGCACUUGUAUACAAGCUGAUGUUGCUUCAUCAUGACUAAUCUGUACUCCUGAAAGGAUAUCUUGCAAAUGGUAAAACUGCUUUGUAUUUAAUGAAUGGUCACUAGUUAUAUGAGUUAUUGUUGCUCUACAAAGAAUGACACCAAUGUUAAAAUAAGAGAAAAA